UAAUCAUUAACAGAAAGUAUGCUUUGGAAACCACUAUCAAAGUGAUCUAUUUCACCACAUAAGAAGGAAAACUUAAGUUAACAGGUUGCACAUAUUUGUAAUCAAAGAGGUUUUAAAUAAAAGGAGGGAUAGCAAUAUUUCAAAUCGGUGUCAAGACAACUGUUCUUAACUCACAAUCAUCGAAAACUAUUAAAUACUAAAAUAGCCAAGAGCAAAGACAUUGGAUCACUUAUAAGAUUUAACAUUAAAACUAUUCAACAAGCUAUAAUUGACAGAACAGAACCAUUUAAAAAAAUAUAUAUGGUUGGUAAAUAAAUUGGUUCAGGCUCCUAUGCUAGUAUUAGAUUAUGUGCAGAUAAACUAACACUCAAAACUUAUGCUCAUAAAAUUUACAAUAAAUCUACUAUCUCUUCUAAUCCUUAAAAGUCCAUACUUUUCAUAUACUUCAAAUGAUCAAACAUCCAAAUAUUAUUAAUAUUUAAUGUAGUCGAGACAUAAUUUACUCUUAGAAUAUAUAGAUGGAAAGAAUUAAAUACUCUAAGAGGAUAUAAUUUAAAAUAAGCUUUAGAUUAAUAGCAUCAGUAAUAAAUUAUUUACAUUUUAGGCUCAUUACUCAUAGAGAUGUCAAAAAUGAAAACAUACUUUAUUCAAAUGAUUAAGUACACUGUUUUCUAAUUCAAGAAAAAAAAAGAUCUAUUGUGAAAAUCCUAGUU